UAAAAGAAUGUUGUAAAUUAACGAAUUACAACAGUAUACACUGAUAACCGUGAAUAUAGAUUACAUACAGUGUGUCUAACGUCAUUGAUAGUACAUGUGGUUGGCUAAGGGCGUUUCGUACUCAACUUCUUCGUAACUGUCAAAAUAAUUUCAUGGCAUUAGUCAAUUUAAAACAAUAUAAUAUUAAUAUAUUUUUUAUGUUACACUUUAUUAUUCUGCCCACAUAAUUCUCGUAUUUUACUUGUUUUUGUACACGUGUAAUAGUUUUGUUCAAGCUCACGAGGUGGGAUUCCUUGCGCCAAAAUAAUGGUGGACCAAAGUGUUUUUUUAAAUGACAUGUACAUAUUAAAUGUAAAUCUUGUUAGAUCUAUUUAUAUGUUACAUAAAUGUGCUAGUCUAGAAAAAUAUUUUAUUAAUAAAUAAUUGAAAUCUUUUGGAUUUCAGUCAUUCCUCUCAAAAAAUUUGAGGGGUGAACUGUUUUACCAAUUUAAGGGGGUGAGUUGUCUUCAGUUUUUGAGGGGUGAGUUGUCUAGUUACUUUUUUACCCCUUGUGGUAUACUAUGUCCAAUACUUUAACAUAUUAACUUUUUUCUUUCAGAUGUCUAAUAUAGAUGGACGCUGGACUUGUUACCUUUGCCACCAUUGCCCUUCUUCAGCUAAUUAUCAAAGCUUAUCAAAACAAGAAGACAGUUGUAUCUGCGCUGUUGCCAUUGUCAUUUAGCCUUUCAUCCUCAGUGUGAAGUGUUUGAGCUAGAGCUUAUUCUUACUGGCGAAGUAAAAGAAAUUUUGUGCACACCUUGCGCAAGCAAAAAUGGCUGAUGAUAAUAGAGUCUAUGUACAGUUGGAAUCAAGUGGAGGUGGCCAGACUUUACUUUUGGUUGAUAGUGAUAUGGCUAAACAAUUACAGAAUGAUGCAACUUUCCGAAGAAAAUUUUCAAAGGUGCCUCCAAGGAUCAGAAGAAAAUAAAGCUGAAGACAAUUCAUGUAAAUCUGAAGAAAUAAUGAAAGAUGAUAACAAAGGAGAGGUAAGAUGGCAACCUCAAGCUACCCAGCUACUUGUUUCAAUGCGUAUUGAAAAUGAUGUAAAAUUCCACAUGCAGAAGACUCACUCAACUUUGUGGGAUGAAAUUUCAGCAGUUUUGAAAGAAAAGGGCUACAUUUUCACUGGGAAACAAUGUAGCAACAAAUGGAAGUCUCUAAAGAGAGACUAUCGGGCUGUUGUCGACCACAACUCCAAAACUGGCUCAGACAAGAAAACUUGUAAGUUUUUUGAUGACUUUAAUCAACUCUAUGGAAAUAAGCCAAGUACCAGACCAAGUUUUACUAUCAAUAGUGGUUCCACUACAAGUGCAUUAUCUAAUCUUCAAUGUACAGAUGCUGGGUCAAGGUCAAAUGCAGAAGUUUUCGCCAGUGAAAUAGAAGAUACAACUGACAGUGAGGAACCACCAGAAAAGAAACCAAAAACACCAGGCAGAAAAAUAAAGAAAAAAGAAACUGGUGUUGUUAGAAUGGUUAGCUUUCUUACAUCUUACCAGGAUGCCCAAAAGCAGAUGCAAGAGGAGCAUGAAAUGUUUGUAAAAGAACAGAAUGCUGAAAAGCUUAAAAGAUUUGAUCAGUUGUUGGACAUUUUAGCCAAAAAGUAA